GGGGAUUCUGAUAGGUUCGAACGGGAAAGGUUGACUGCCGUCAGGCCCGCCCCCCUGGAACGCAGCGGGAGAAUGUGGUGAUCGCAGCGGUUCGCGGCUCGGGAAGCUGAAGCAGCGGCGGGUCGGAGGGGGUCGGCAGCUUCCAACACCCGGCACGUAAAGCUGGUGCAAGCAGAGCAGAGCUGGUCAGGUCCCGAGACGCUGAGUCCGGAGCAAUGUUGUGGAAGACAGUGCUCUUGCUGGCCCUGGCGGACCAGGUGCUGGCGCUGGAGAAUGGGCUCCUGCGGACGCCGCCCAUGGGCUGGCUGGCCUGGGAACGCUUCCGCUGCAACAUUGACUGUGAUGCGGACCCGAAGAACUGCAUCAGUGAGCGGCUCUUCAUGGAGAUGGCCGACCGGCUGGCAGAGGACGGGUGGCGGGACCUGGGCUACACGUACCUCAACAUCGACGACUGCUGGAUCGGCGGGCGUGACGCCAACGGCUACCUGGUGCCCGACCCCAAGCGCUUCCCCAACGGCAUCGCCUUCCUCGCUGACUAUGCUCACUCCCUGGGCCUGCAGCUGGGCAUCUAUGAGGACCUGGGCAACUUCACCUGCAUGGGUUACCCAGGUACCACGCUAGACAAGGUGCUUCAGGAUGCUCAAACUUUUGCCAAGUGGAAGGUGGACAUGCUGAAGCUGGACGGCUGCUUCUCGACCCCAGAGGAACACGCCAAAGGGUACCCCAUGAUGGCUGCGGCCCUGAAUGCCACGGGCCGCCCCAUCGCCUUCUCCUGCAGCUGGCCGGCCUACGAAGGGGGCCUCCCCCCCCAGGUGAACUACAGCCUGCUGGCCGACAUCUGCAACCUCUGGCGCAACUACGACGACAUCCAGGACUCCUGGAGUAGCGUGCUGUCCAUCCUGGACUGGUUUUCGGACAAUCAGGACAUCCUGCAGCCGGUGGCGGGCCCUGGGCACUGGAACGACCCGGACAUGCUGCUCGUCGGGAACUUCGGCCUCAGCUUCGAGCAGGCCCGGGCCCAGAUGGCCCUGUGGACAGUGCUGGCAGCUCCCCUCUUCAUGUCCACAGACCUGCGCACCAUCUCUGCCCAGAGCGUGGACAUUCUGCAGAAUCCGCUCAUGAUCAAAAUCAAUCAGGAUCCCCUAGGCAUCCAGGGACGCAGGAUUCUCAAGAACAAGUCCUCCAUCGAGGUGUUCCUGCGGCCCCUGGCCAGGGACGCCUACGCCAUAGUCUUCUUCAGCCGCAGGGCGGACAUGCCGUACCGCUUCCGCUCCUCCCUGGCCCAACUCAGCUUCAGCGGCUCCGGCGUGUAUGAGGCCCAGGACGUCUACACCGGUGCCGUCAUCAGCGGCCUCCAGGCCGAGACCAAUUUCACAGUGAUCAUCAACCCCUCAGGGGUGGUGAUGUGGUACCUGUACCCUACUGGGAAGCCGGAGGGACCGCAGCUGUGAGGCGCUGAGACGCGUGACAGGCUGCAGCAGCAGCACCGACCCCAGCCCGCGGAGCCCCGGCUUGCUGAGGGCCGGCGGGCGGGCGGGGUUUCCUGCUGCCCGGGCCCGCCCUGGAAGCGGCCCAUCAGACCCAACGCGCAGUCUCAGGGCCAGGCUCCGCCUGCUGCCCGAGCUCGAACUCCCCUGGAGACCUGCCGCGGGCACUUUCCUGGGGCCGUCCUGCCCUCUGACCUCACCCGCACAGCCACACAGACGUGGCCGAACAGCGAGGCCGGCCUCCUGAGCCCCCGGGGUCCUUGUACCCAUCAGGACUCCAGCCUCUGACCUUUCACGGACUCUGAAAUCAAGAUUUGGAAUUUUUCUUAAAAUCUGAGUGGAGAUCUGA